AUGGCCGUUCUUAUUGGACUCAAACUGCUAAGAGUCGCCCCUCUGAUUACCUCCACGGCUGGUCUCAUGUGCGCAUGGGACCAGCAAUUUGCCUUUUCGUCCUGGAUCGAUCGUGAAGUGCCUCAGGGGCCAGCCGGCGCGACCCUGCCGCACUGGUUUCCCGCUAUUUUCCGCCAACUCAUCUGGGUGGUCAGCAUUCUGCACCCGCUCGGGGGUGUUUUGGGCUUAUUGAACGGCAUCGGUAGCCCUGGCGCUUCGUUGGAUGACCAAACUCGGCGAUUGUACUUCGCCGGCGGAUUGUUCGCUAUCGGUCAUCUCGUCUAUGGAAAGUUCGCCAUGCGCAUUAUCGGAAGCAUCUGGGACAGCUCCCUGCCGGGCAAGACAAAUUUGAGCGCCCUGCCCCCUUGGCUGCGACUGAACUGGUGGCGCAUUCACACCAACAAUCUCCCAGCGGUUUUCCUUUUCCUCGCCGCCUUGAUCAACUCCAUCGAAACGUGCUAG